AUGUUUGAACGAUAUGGAAUGCUAUUUUUUAUUUGUUGCGUUGUUCUUUACAGUGUUUUGUAAAUAAAAGGGGUACUACUUUAGUGAUAACGAGAUAUAGCGAACACUUUUUCCUGAAUGUCGAACGCCACAUUCUAAAUAUUCUCGAUAUUAGAUAUUCUAAAAACGUAUCGACCUAAAACUUACCUUAAAACACUCAAACUGAAAUAUAUGUCAACAUAAAGUUGUUUUUGUAACGAAGUGGAGUAGAUACAGCGGCACAGUAUCAACCGUUGAUACGGUUUGAUUUUAUUUGUAACAUUUCUGAGGUAAAAACACAAGUUCCGAACGUGUUACAUCAUGUGAAUAACGGCUUUUAUUUAUUUAUUUAUUUUGUAAUGUUUACAUGGUCCGUUUUUGUAAGGUUGCUUGAGUUUACUUUCGCGGGUGUCAAGUCUCCUUUCUGACGACAGUUUAUUUUCGUUAACAGACUCAUUUUGGACUCGUGUACUCAGUUAACUCUGUGCCAGUAAAGAAUGAUGUAGUUUCUGUGUAUCGCUUUUGGUCACUUGCAUGAGAGGAUAUUUUUUAAGUCUUUUUUUUGUUUUUGUUUUUUUUGGACAUGGCGAUAUUGUCCCGCCGAGUGUCGUGUUGUGGACGGAUGAGUUUGACAGAUGUAUGAAUGACCGGUAGAGCUGUGGAAGUAGUCAUUACUGAAGAGGUGUAUUUGGCGCAUAUUGCACUUUUUGGAUGAUAAUCUGCAAGAACGUCCAUUACUGAAGGACUCGUUUGAAAAACUUUGAAUUUUGACAUUUUCUUCUCUUUCUGUCUUUUGUCAGGGGAAAAGUCUAAAGACGCUUAUGUCCAAAGGAAUCUUACAGGUACAUCCUCCAAUCUGUGACUGCCCUGGCUGUAGAAUUUCAUCUCCUGUGAACCGUGGGCGACUGGCAGAAAAACGCACCAUUCCAUUGCCACCAACACGAGUGCCCAAAAAGGAGCUGGCAUCCGUUUUCAGCAGUGACGAUAGCGAGGGCAGCGAUCGUGCCAGUGGAGAUCAUGCAGACAUCAAACAGGAAGAGCUGCAUUACUCUAUCAUGAGAAAGAGUCGGGACAGUGACCUCUCAACGAUCAUCUCCAACCUGCACCACACCCGACAGCACGGCAUGCCCGAGGGCCAGCCCUGCUCCGACCUCAGCCUCGCCUCCACCCACUCAGUAGAGAGAUCUGUACACUGGUGCCGAAAUCCGGGACUGGAGGAAGAUGCAGCGAUCCUCCACGACGCUUGGCGAUGGCACUGGAUUCCGCCUCCUGGCAGCCGGCAGCGUCUCCUCCAUCCCCUGGUGGACGGCAGCGGUUCCUCUGCCUCCCGGUGGACGGCAGCGUGUCCUCCGUCCCCUGGUGGAGAUGACAUACUAGGCAAGAGGAGAGCCUACUCCCCCAACAGCAGCAGCGAGUGCCCAUCUGACAGCAAGAAGUCCCGAAGCGUGUCACCUAAAGAGAACUCUCAAACGCCUGCGCUGGAGCCGGGCUGUCACAUGACCCCCGAGGAGCACUACAGGCGCAUGAUGUCAGCUCUGAAUGAGCAUGGCUCUUACGAGGAGCAGCAGCAGCGCCUGUACCAGCUGGCUAACAACAUGGGCGUCCCAAGCCACGAGCUUUUGCGUGUGCGUCAGGAAGCCAUGGCUGCCGUUAGAAGCCCAGGUGGAAUGGAGGCCCACGUCCCGACUGCAGGCAGUUCCUCCAGCCAACGACGCAAACAGGGCCUACCCCAGCACAGAGACACACACUUCCCUGAGCGAGACAUCUCGCACCCUCCUCCAUUGCUCUCCCCGCAGAAUGCUCCUCACAUCGCUCUUGGACCUCACCUGCGUCCCCCGUUCAUGGGCAUGCCUUCUGCCCUCUGCCAAGCCCCAGGCUAUGGUUUCCUGCAGCCUGCUCAGGCAGAGAUGUUUGCACGUCAACAAGAGAUUCUUCGUAAACAGAACCUUGCUAGAUUGGAAAUGUCUGCUGAGUUGUUGAGGCAGAAGGAGUUAGAGAACCUCCACAGGCAGCGACUGAUUUCUGACCCGCUGGGCCUGCAUCCCGGGCUCCCAGCUGAACACCCUGCCCUGCGCAGCCUGCAGGAAAUCCCAGAAGGCCACCCGCUCCGAGAGGAGCUAAAUCGCCGCAACGCCAUGCUGGUUUUACGCCACAACAACACCCCGUUACUCUCCCUCAACCACCAGGGGGCAGCAGCGGGCACUUCCUCUAAAGACCUCAGCAACAGGAAGAGCCUGAGGAAAGGAGGACCACUCAGGGGGGACCAACAAGAGAAUAAAGAGAUGGAGGGAUGUACACGGGACGAAGACAACGAGGGACAGGACGAGGACAUGAAAUACUCUGAGAAUGAUGCAGAGGUUGAAGACAGGCCAGAGAGGUCUUCCAAAGCAGAUGGACAUGGUCUCAGUUCAGAUGUGUGCCAAGGCAAGGAUGUGACCAAGUCUAAUGAAGGGGUGAAAGAAUUGGGAGAGGGGUCGGGCAGGCUCAGUGCCCCUUGUAGCUCCACUGGGCCUGAGUCACCAACCCACCACCUCUUCACAUCAGGAAUGAGCAAGAGUGAGGCCAAGUACCUGCCACCAGGAACUAUGCCACCCCUGCCCGGACAGACACUGCCCUUCACCUUUCCAUACACCAGCCCUUACUUUCACACUGGCGCCAUGGGAGGUCUUUUUGUGGAUGGAGAAGAGGCAGGGGCAGCCGAGGACAUCAGCAAGUGGAGUGUGGAGGAGGUGUGCAGCUUCAUCAGCAGCCUAGCAGGCUGUGGGGAGUACACACAGGUGUUCAGAGAGCAGGCCAUUGACGGUGAGACUCUUCCAUUGCUGACAGAAGACCACCUACUCAACAACAUGGGUUUGAAACUGGGGCCUGCACUCAAGAUCCGCUCUCAGGUGGCGCGACGUAUUGGCAGAAUAUUCUACAUGACCAGCUUCCCGCUGGCCCUCCCGCUGCCGCCAUCUGCUCUGCGCUCCACAGACAGAGACCCCCUGCCCGCAGAGACCCGCCCUCCUUCCACCGGCAGCACUUCCUUGCCAUUCAGUGUGCCCCCUCUCGCCUGCCGCGCCUCCCCCAAGCAGGAGAACGGAAACUCCUCCACAGCGGGAGCCUACGACUCCACUAAACCUCCCUCAUAGAGUUGGCCAUUAAAACUCUUGACUGCUUCUCCAUAUGGUAGAGGCAGUGCUCCAAGGAGGAGGUAAAGACAGAGAAAGGGCAUGAAGGGGGCCCUCUCUGAUCUAUUCUUUCCUUCCUAUUACCCCCUCCCCCCCACCAUAUACCCCUCCAAAAAUAAAAAGCAAGCUUAAGGACCUUUACGCAGAGGCACUUAAUCGUUUUAGGAAAAGUGUGGAGAAAUGUGCAGAAUGAAGAGAGACAGUGAUGAAACAAUGCAGGCUGAAACAGCUCCACCCUUCGCAAUGGCUUAGAGAAAGCUAAAAAAUCCAAAGAUGUGCAAAUAGGGACAAGAAAGGAAGUUUUAAGAGUGUGCGAGAGGACAAUGCAAGUAGACAGCUGCUGUCAAACGGCGUGCCAGAAUUCAGCUAUGUGCAAGGUCAAAAUGGACACGGUUGGAAAGCAUCCUUAGCUGAUGUGAGCUCUUGUGGUACCCAACAGAACUUGGAAAGGGACAUUCUAACAUUUCAAAUUCUCUGGAGUUGGUUUAGCUUUGAGAGACUAAACCAUCAAAAGAGGAGUCAGUACAAACAGGAUGGAACUCAUUUGCAGUUUUAACCAGUGCAACUAUGCAUUCCACAGUCCAAAACCAAAGAUUGGAUGGAUGUGGAAUUUUUAAUGGAGAUCAAGCUUUGAUUUUGCCAGUGAUGAAAAAAGGUACACUGAUACAGGGAGGUGGAUUCGGAAAUGACCUCAAGAGAUGUGGAAAGCACUUAAACUUCAUGUGACCAAAUGCCAUGAGCCAAAGCAAUGGCCCAACCGCUCACCUGACGAAUGUCUGGGCCCCAUUUUACUUUCACUACUGCGUAAAAGAAAAAUUGAGGAUGGAUGUACCGGUAUGCCCGUCCCAAUGCCAGUCCACAGAUGGAGGUCACAAUUACUACUGUGGGAAUUGUUAUCCUGAAUUGUACAGAAACUUGCUCAAGAUGAAAAUAUACUGAAGAUGAAAUUAGUGGUACAUUUCAUUAAUUGUAGUUGCACGAGUUUAAAUCUUUAUUACUGACAAAAUGUGACCGGCUGACUUGGUGGCACUUUUUGUUCGACAUUUUCUGUUUGCUGUGUACUCCAGUUGUAAUAAUCAUGAGCCCCACUCUUAAAUGUCACUUCAGCAUAUAAAUGAGGAAAAAAGUAAUAUUUAUAGGAAUUUCUGUUCGAGCAACAAAAUGUAAUUAAAUUGCCCUUAAAUUGAACCCAAAGAACAAUACUUUUCUCUUUGUUGCAGGGAAAUAGAAGGCACAAAGCUCUAUAUGCAAAUCCUUGAAAUUGUUUGUUUUUAAAUAUGUAAGCAAUUAAUUAAAAUUGUCUCUAGAUUUCCCAUCAAUGUUUUGUCUUCAUCCUAUUUUUCUAUUCUCCAUGGGGCGAAAUAAAUCCUAUUGAAAACUUUCA